ACCACUACUCUCCUCCGAAACUCCAUGUUCAGUGUGUGUUGGAAAAUCCAAGAGCAAAAUAACUGAUUUCAUACUCAUCUUUCAUCCUUAUUUAGAAAUAUGGCAUCCACAAUUCAGACGCUUAAGCGCUUACAAAUCCCAUUAGAAGAGGUUGUGAACGCCACCAACAACUUUGAUGAGGAAUACGUCAUCGGAGGUGGUGGUUUUGGAAAGGUUUAUAGAGGACAACUCUUGGUGUCCGGGGAGAUGGUGAAUGUUGCUGCUCGGAGACUAGAUCCAAAGCAUAGAGGGGGAGACGUUGAGUUUUGGACCGAAAUUACCGUGCUUUCUAGCCUGAAGCAUGAAAAUAUAGCAUCUCUGAUUGGGUUUUGUGAUGAGAAUGGGGAGAAGAUCAUUAUAAACAAGCGUGAGGCUAGCAAGGGAAGUCUCUCGAUGUAUCUUAGCGAUCCAACCCUCACAUGGAUUCAAAGAUUGAAUAUAUGUGUUGGCGUUGCGCGUGCAUUGAGAUACAUACAUAAUGGUGAGGGGCGAGAUGAUAGUGUCAUACACCGUAACAUUAAUAGCUAUACAGUUUUAUUAGAUGAUAAUUGGGAGGCCAAGUUAUCUGGUUUCGAAUAUUCUAUUAAACAAUCGGUGAAUCGAAUGGACCAGGUUGUCCUUUCAGAAGCUAUUGGCACAAAAGGGUAUAUGGACCCAUCAAUUGUAAAGACAGGAGGUGUAAGCCACAAGUCAGAUAUCUACUCAUUUGGAGUGGUUUUAUGUGAAAUAUUAUGCGGGAGGAAAGCAUUUAUUCCAGAUGUAGAUGUGGAUAAUAGAUUUAUAGCUCCAUUGUUCAGAGUUAAUUAUGAAAGGAGAUCACUGAAUAAUAUAAUCCAUCCUGAUCUACGGAAUCAGGUGGCCCAGCAAUCCCUCGUCAGCUUCUCAAAAGCAGCAUAUUCUUGCUUACAGGAGAACAGGGCACAACGUCAAAAAAUGAACGAUAUUGUCAUUGAGCUUGAGAAAGCAUUGGAACUUCAGCAGCCACUUGACUAUAUGAUUAAAAAAUUGGGGCACUUGAAGAUUCCCCUUGAUGAUAUACUGAAGGCCACGGAAAACUUUUCCAUGGCAUGCCAAGUAAGCCAUGCUGUACACUACCAUACUGUAUACAUAGCAGAACUCGAGCAUUUUGAUGAAGAAUAUCCUUCCAUCAAAGAAGGGAAGAAUAAAGGGGAACUACCCAGGAGACGCAGCGUUGUCCUUAUAUACCGCUUCCACCCAAUUGAAGGAGAAGAAAUGUUCUAUACAGAAAUUAAAAUGCUUGACACUUGCAAGCAUCCAUGCAUAGUCAAACUACUUGGAUUCUGUUAUGAAGGUUCCGAGAUGAUCAUUGUCGUUGAGUGUCUUUCUAAUGGAUACCUUUUUAGUUAUUGGUUAGAUAAAACCAAUGCGAUGAGGCAUAUUCUUACUUGGGAAAAACGUUUAAAAAUCUGCCUCGAUGUUGCAAAUGCAUUGAAUUACCUUCAUACUGAGAUGGAGGACCAAAAGACGAUAAUUCACCGUGAUAUUAAGAGUUCCAACAUUGUGUUGGACGAGAAUUGGGGGGCAAAGAUUGUUGGGUUUGGGUUUUCAGAAUUCCUGCCUCCGAAUCAAGAUGGCGACGCUCUCUAUCACAAAGCAAGAGGGGGAAUGGGAGCUUACAUGGAUCCAGAAUAUAUGAAGACUGGCAAGUUGAAAAGAGAAUCGGAUGUCUAUAGUUUUGGAGUAGUUCUGCUUGAAGUCCUAUGUGGGAGGUUAGCCUAUGACGCAAUAUACGAAAAAGAGAGUUACAAUUUUGGGCUGGCGUUUGUGGCUCGACGAUGCUUCCAAGAGGGUACACUAAUGGAAAUGAUAGAUCCAAUAUUAAAGGAAAAAAUUAGUGAAAACGGCUAUAUUCUAAAAAAAGGACCAAACAAAGAUUCUUUGGAGAAAUUUGUAAAAAUUGCACAUGAGUGCAUAGCCGAAACUCAAGACCAACGUCCAACAAUGAAAGUGGUCAUCGAGGAGCUUCAGCAAGCCUUAUUCUUUGAGCUAAAAAGGUUGGAGCACUUGAAGAUUCCCCUCAGUGAUAUAAUGUUGGCUACCGAUAACUUUUCAAAGGCAUGUUACAUUAGUAGAUACUAUAAUGUAUACAGAGCAGAACUCAAGCAUUUUGAUGAAGAAAAGCUUUCCAUCAAAGAAGGGAAGAGUAAAGGUGAACUACCCAGGAGACGCAGCACUGUCCAUAUAAACCGCUUCCGCCCAAUUAAAGACUCUGAUAGAGUAGAAGAAACAUUUCAAACGGGAAUUAAAAUGCUUGACACUUGCAAGCAUCCUAGCAUAGUCAAACUACUUGGAUUUUGUGAUGAAGGUUCUGAGAUGAUACUUGUCGUUGAACAUCUUUCUAAUGGACACCUUUUUGGUUACUGGUUGGAUGAAAACAUCGGCAAGAGACAUAUUCUUACUUGGGAAAAACGUUUAAAAAUCUGCCUUGAUGUUGCAAAUGCAUUGAAUUACCUUCAUACUAAGACAAUAAUACACUGUGAUAUUAAGAGCUCCAACAUUGCGUUGGAUGAGAAUUGGGGGGCAAAGAUUGUUGACUUUGGGAAAUCGGUAUUCCUGCCCCCCAAUCAAGAUGACAACAGUUUCUAUCAUGAAAUAACAGGGGCAAUACCAGCGUAUACGGAUCCAGAAUAUAUGAUGACUGGUAAUUUGAAAAGAGAAUCAGAUGUAUAUAGUUUUGGAGUAGUUAUGUUUGAAGUCCUAUGUGGAAAGUUAGCCUAUGAACAAAUAUACAAAAACGAGAGUAUAUCUGGGCUGGCAUUUGUGGCACGACGAUGCUUUGAGGAGGGCACACUAAUGGAAAUGAUAGAUCCAAUAUUAAAGGAAGAAAUGGGUGAAAACAGUAAUAGCAUAAAUAGAGGACCCGGCAAAGAUUCUUUAGAGAAAUUUGUAAAAAUUGCACACGAGUGCAUAGCCGAAACUCAAGGCCGACGUCCAACAAUGAAAGUGGUCAUCAAGGAGCUUCAGGAAGCCUUGUUCCUUCAGGAGGAGCAGUUACAACACUUAGAUAUGGUUCACGUUACUAAUGAAGUUGAGGAAUUGAUGGAACUUAAGUUGACACGUGAAAUUUCUGAGGAUAAGUCACAACGCCAGGACAUGGUUCAAGCUGUCCAGGAAGUAAAGCAAUCCAUGGAACUUAAGCUCAUAAGAGCAAACUCAGUGGAGCAUUUACAACCCUUAGACAUGGCGCAUGUUACGGAUGAUGUUGAGGAAUCAAGUGAACUUAAAUUGACACGUGCAAAAUCUGAGGAUAACACACAAUGCCCACACAUGGUUCAAGUUGUCAAUGAACUUGAGAAAUCCAUGGAACCAAAGUUGACAAAUGCAAAUUCAAUAAAAAAACUGGAGCACUUGAAGAUUCCCCUCCAUGAUAUAUAUUUGGCCACCGAAGGAUUUUCCAUGACAUACUAUAUAAGGAAUAUCCCACGCUAUAGCGUAUACAGAGCAGAACUGCAUUUUGGUGAAGGAAAUCCUUCGAUCAAAGUGGAGAAUAAAGGUGAAGUACCCAGGAGAAGCACCACUGUCGUUAUAUACCGCUUAGAACAAAGUGAAGACAAGGAAGGAGAAAAAAGAUUCUAUACACAAAUUAAAAUGCUUGGCACUUGCAAGCAUCCAAGCAUAGUCAAAUUACUUGGAUUUUGUGAUGAACGUUUUGAGAUGGUCUUUGUUGUUGAGCAUCUUUCUAAUGGAUCCCUUGAUGAUUAUUGGUUGGAUGAAACCAACACCAUGAGGCAUGCUCUUACGUGGGCAAGACGUUUGAAAAUCUGCCUAGAUGUUGCAAAUGCAUUGAAUUACCUCCAUACUGAGAUGGAGGACCAAAAGACAAUAAUACAUCGUCAUAUCAAGAGCUCCAACAUUUCAUUGGAUGAGAAUUGGGGGGCAAAAAUUAUUGGCUUUGGGAUCUCGGUAUUCCUGCCUCCGAAUCAAGAUGACGACGCUCUCUAUCACGGAGAUGAAGAUGCUUUGGGGGAAACUGUUUAUGCGGAUCCAGAAUAUUGGGGGACUGGUAAGUUGAAAAGAGAAUCGGAUGUCUAUAGUUUCGGAGUAGUUCUGUUUGAAGUCCUUUGUGGAAGGUUAGCUGCUGACCCAAUAUACACAAAUGAGACUCUAUUGGGUGUCCCGAAUACACUUGGGCUGGCUAUUGUGGCAGGAUUAGGCUUCGCACAUGGAACAAUAAUGGAAAUGAUAGAUCCUACAUUAAAGGAAGAAAGGGAUGAAAACAAUUUUAGCCUAAAAAGAGGACCAAACAAAGAUUCUUUGGAAAAAUUUGUAAAAAUUGCAAAUGAUUGCAUAGCAUUGACCCAAGACCAACGUCCAACAAUGAAAGUGGUCAUCAAGGAACUUAAGGAAGCCUUAUUCUUAGAGGAAAACAAGAAGGACGAACCCAUUAUUUCGCUUGAAAUCAUAAGAUUGGCCACGCAGAACUUCCAUCGUGAUAAUUGCAUUGGCGGAGGAGGAUUUGGGAAAGUUUAUAAAGGAGAAGUUCCACAAGGUGAUGGGUUCAAUACUAUUGUUGUGAAGCAAUUGGAUACAAGGCUUGGUCAAGGAGAACAACAGUUUAGGAAUGAGCUGCAAAUUCUUUUCGAGUAUAAACAUGAGAAUAUCAUCCCUCUUGUGGGAUAUUGUAAUGAAAAGAAUGAACAAAUCAUUGUUUAUGAGUAUGUGUCUCAAGGAAGUCUUGACAGGUAUCUGAAGGAUGCUCAUCUUACAUGGGUGAAACGGCUUACUAUAUGUAUUGAUGUGGCAACCGCGCUGGCUUUCCUUCAUGGAGGAUCUGGAAAACAAGCAAUAGUGAUACAUAGGGACAUCAAAACUGCUAACAUUCUACUAAAUGAUGAGUGGAACGCAAAACUUGCUGAUUUUGGACUUUCCUUGAUAAGUCCAAUUAAUCAGGAAACAGACUAUGUCAUUGAUCAUGCAUGUGGCACACGAGGCUACUUGGACCCCCUUUACCUAGAAUCAGGUUUCUUAACCAAAGAAUCCGAUAUGUAUUCAUUUGGGGUGGUUUUAUUUGAGAUCUUAUGUGGGAGAUCAACGUUUGAGAUCCGUAAACAAAAAGGUCAGUAUCUGCCAGGUUUCAUUAAAGAGAACUUUGAAAAAAGAAAACAUGAUGACUUGGUAUUUGAUGCUCUAAAAGAACAGAUUGUGCCAAAAGCAUUGACGGCAUUUAAGACGAUUGCCUACCAGUGCUUACACGAUGAUAGAGAAAGACGACCAACAGCAAAAGUAGUUCUACAAAAACUUGAGGAGGCUCGGGAAUUGCAAAUUUCUGGAAGUGAUUGAGCUAGCUUACGGCAGCGAGUAUUUGGUGCUCAAUUGAGUUUAGAAAUGAUUGUAUUAUGUGUGAGUUCAGUAUUGCCUGGAAGUGAUUGAGCUAGCUUAUGACAACAAGUAUUUGGUGCUCAAUUGAGUUUAGAAAUGAUUGUAUUCUGUGCGAGUUCAAAAUCGGCAAUACUGAUAUGUAACCCCUGAAUUCUUACCAAAAAGCAAUGGUGUUGGGAAUGUGGCAGACCAAGACCCAUCGAGAGAGUCAGCAGCCCAGGAAGAAGUUCCAGCCCAAAAUGCUGUGAAGUGGGUCAGUUUGGCCCAGAUCAUUUAACAGCUUAUUUUCAUUUAGCUAUUUUAUUUUCCCUUAUUUUUAUUAUCUAGUUAGACUUGUUAAAAAUAUCUAGUGGUUUUAUUUCCUAUUUUAUUGGCAUAGUGGGCAGUUUGUUUAGAGACCCACUAGUUUGUUUCUUUUGAUUCUCCAAGUUAGAGAAUUGAUUUUCCAAUGCUAGCCUAAUUGUUGGCAUCUUUAGGUGGUGAACUUUGGAGUUUGUUUUGAAUUUAUGUGGUGUUUUCUGUAACA